GAAACAGUAAAGAUUGUAGUAGUUUAACACCCUGAAUAAAUUGUUUUUCGUCGUGUAAUAAGAUAAAAGUUUGAAAUUUUAAAGCAUUUUGCAUAACAAAACAGUUUCAAACUGAUGAUUAUACUGCGUGUGAUGAUUAAUAGUUAUUAGUUGUUUUCUUUCUUUUCUUAAAAUGGAUGAAUAUCCGACUUGGGUUGGCUUUAUUUUCGUGUUUAAUUUAAUUGUUGGAACAGGAUCCCUUUUACUUCCAUCAGCUUUUGCAAAAACAGGCUGGCUUUUAUCAACUGGUCUUAUAAUCUUUCUCGCUUUUUCAUCAUAUCUCACCGUAACUUUUGUUAUCGAAGCUUUAAGUUGUUCAAAUGCAAUUCUGAAAUGGCGACGUCUUCAGUUUUUAAAGCGUGAGAAACCAGUUCAACGAACUCGUGUCGAAGAAGCUUUCGAGGAAAGCAGCGAUGAAUCGAGCGAUGAUGAACGAAAUACUUUAAUUGCACAAAUCGAUCCACAUAACAGUGCAAUAGAGAAUACACCGCUAACAAUACAAAACAAUGAUUUCUACACACUUGAUGAAAAAGUUGAACUUGGUGAGAUGUCGACAAUCUUCUUUCCAUCAGUUGGAUCUUUGUUGUUUUACGUUUGCAUCGCUGUUUAUCUUUACGGUGAUCUCUCAAUUUAUUCAGCAGCCGUUAGUACAACACUUCGUGAUGUGAUUUGUGAUAGAAACACAACAAUUAAUAAUACGAUUGUUAAUGCGUCGGUGAUAAUGGAAGAACCGUGCUGGGCUGGACAUUUUGCGACUCGUUUCGAUGUUUAUCGCAUUUGUUUGAUAUUCUUUUCAACUUUCAUCAGUCCUUGGGUCUUCUUCAACGUAUCAAAGACGAAAUAUUUGCAAUUUCUGACGCUUUCGUUCCGUCUUUUAUCGUUUUUAAUCAUGAUAAGUAUCGCGUGUUACAGAAUCGCCUCUCCACCUGAUGACUCCGUGAUUCCUGAUCCACCAACUGCAAACUUCAGUGCAAUUCCUUUUCUUAUUGGAACUUGCAUUUAUUCCUUCAUGAGUCAACACUCUCUUCCAUCACUCUUAGUGCCAAUCAAAGAGAAGCACAGAAUAUCAGAAAUUGUCUCGAAAGAUUAUUUUGUCAUCGCAAUUCUUUACAUUGUUCUUGCACUCACUGGAAUUUUCGCUUUUGAUGAUCUUAAAGAUCUUUACACUUUAAAUUUCAUUCCCACGAGUGACCAGCAAUCAAUUAUCCUUAAAACUGUUGAAUACUUUCUCGCACUCUUCCCAGUUCUUACUUUAACCACAAGUUUUCCAAUCAUUGCAAUCACAUUGAGAAAUAAUUUGCAAACGCUUUUCAUCAACAAACAUCAGAUACACUCGCAAGGAUAUUUCGUUCGGAACAUGGCAUUUCCAUUGAUGGCAAUUAUUCCUCCUUUUAUCAUCACUUUUAACACUGAAAAUGUGCAAACUCUUGUCAGCUUCACUGGCUGUUAUGCUGGUGCAUGCAUUCAGUAUUUAAUCCCAGCUGCGCUCGUUUAUUAUUCAAGAAAAACCUGCGCAAAUAUCAUCGGUGAAGGAAUUGUCAACGAUUACAAAUCAAAGUUUCAAAGCAAUUUAUGGCUUUUGAUGAUCUUCUCAUGGACUGGCAUCAGUUUGAUAUUCGUCACAAUUCAUUUAAUAAGUUAGAAACUGUUGUGCUUUCAUUUCAUUAAUUUUUAAGACUGAUUGAACUAAAGAGAAGAAAGUGAAGCAGAAAAAUGUAAUUUAAUUAAAUAUUAACAAUUUCCUUACUUCCAUUUAAAACAAUUUUAUUUAAUCAACUGAAAGAGAGAAAUUAAAUAAUCGAAUUUGUCAUUUAAAAAGUUCUAUUUUUGUGUGGAAUAUUAAAAAGAAAGUUUAUUUAACUAAUUAACGAUUUGCUGACUUUCCAAUGGCUUGCUUUUCAAGAAUUUCCUUUUCAGUGCUUUUCAGUUGU